AGCUUCUGGUACAAACCGAGCGAGCGGUUGUUUAGGCUGGGAACCUUCAAAAAUGCCCAUUCCCUAGCCUCAACAGUUUCGGGAUUUCUGGCAAGAACUAUAGACCACCUGAAUUACCACGAAGGCCCCAGGGCCAAGCAAUGGAUGUUCAUCAUCAAAGGAGCUUUGCCAAUAACCCUCAUCGUUUUCAUUUACUUCCUGCUCCUCGCAUGUCCAGAACCUUCGACGGCCCUUUCCGAUCGAGACCGGUACAUCGCGAUCAAUCGA